UUGCAUUCAAUUAGCAUCAAAAUAUGCUUUUAUAAUAUAAGCUGACAACUCGUGGUCGUCAUUCGUCACAAGAGCCGUAAAGCUGAGACGCAACACACUUCCGUCUACGUUUUUUCGACUCGCGAGCAGUCGUAAUUCCAUUGACGCGACGUUACGUAUUUAAGAUGGUACUGGCGGAAUUAAUCGGAGCAUCCAUCAUUAUCCUGAGUAUUGUUUACAUUUAUUAUAAAUAUGUGAUAUAUAAUUUUUGGCACAAGAAAGGGGUUUUUUAUAUCAAACCCAUUGUACCAAUUGGAAAUAUAUUACCUCUUGUAACUGGAAAAACGCAAGUAGGCGUAUUCUUCCAAGAUGCCUACCAAAAAUAUAAGGAACAUCGCUGUUUCGGAAUGUAUGCAUUUUUUAAACCGAAUUUGGUAAUCACCGAUCUCGACCUUAUGCGAACGGUAUUGACAAAGGAAUUCAAGUCUUUUCAUGAUCGUGGACUGUAUUCUAACGAAACUAUUGAUCCAGCGAUCAACCGUUUGUUUCUUAAUGGGCAAAAUUGGCUACAUUAUCGCGCCAAGAUGACACCAACAUUUACUGCAGGAAAAAUGAAGCAGAUGUUUGUCAUAGUUAAGCAAUGUGGCGAAGAACUCGCAAAGCAUCUGGAGAAGAAUGCUCAAAUGAGAGAUACCGUCGAAAUGAGAGAUAUAUUAACAAGAUAUGCAUCAGACUCUAUCAUGUCAGCAGCUUUCGGUGUCAACACUAACUGUAUUCAGAAACCAAAUGAAUAUCAAAGUACAUCACAGGAAAAGACAACUUUUGAUUCAAAUUUUUUUAAGCGCAUCUUGAUUAGGUUUGCACCGCAAGUUACGGACUUCUUUUCUCUUCCGUUCAGCGUACAAGCUGUCACCAAUUUUUAUAUGAAUUUAUUUCGAGACACCGUGGAAUAUAGAAAAGCUAAUGGUAUCGUCAGACCUGACUUGAUGAGCUUGCUCAUAGAACACGUGGAGAAGGAUUUUGAUCCUAAAGUAACCGUAAAAAAACUCACCACGGCAGAAGCUACUGCACAAGUAAGUUUUGCCUUAUUCCUCGCUGGCUUCGAAACCUCCUCGACGACUGCAACAUUUGCUUUAUUCGAAUUAGCUCAACACCAAGAUAUGCAAGAAAAAGUUUGCAAGGAAAUCGAUGAAAUAUUAGCUAAGCAUGGUGAUCUGACCUAUGACGCUCUGAAUGAUAUGACAUAUUUUCACAAAGUAAUAAAUGAAACCUUAAGGAAAUAUCCACCUCUUCCUUUCUUGCAUCGAGUCUGCACCGAGGAAAUAGACCUACCGACUACGAACAUCCACGUGCCAAAGGGGACAUUAAUAACUGUGCCGCUACUUGGAGUGCAUCGAGAUCCGUCGAUAUAUCCUGAUCCGGAUAAAUUUGAUCCUGAGCGCUUCAACGCAGACAAAGUUAAAGAAAGACAUCCUUACGCUUUUAUGCCAUUCGGGGACGGCCCACGAAAUUGCGUUGGUUCGAGAUUUGGCUACUUGCAAGCGAAAAUUGCACUCGUGUCUCUUCUGUCGAAAUACAAAUUUAAACUUCAUUCCCAAACCCCGGUUCCGAUUGUUUUCAGUGAAAAAUCUGCGAUUCUUGUUGCAAAAAAUGGUGUACACCUUAUUAUCGAGCCGCGAUAAAAUUAUGUUCUUACUAAAAAUAUUUCUCUUGAUUUAUUCAAAGAAUACAAUAGACGUCAAGGUAUAUAGAAAUCAAAUAACAAGACAAAUCUAUUCAUUAAUGUAUAUUUGUUUUUGUUUCCAACAUUUUUAAUGUUUUUAUCUUUCUUGUUAAUACUAUUCAUUAUGCUUUAGUAUGAUAAUAAUAUAUACUACAGCUCUAUAUUUUUUUUAUCAAAAAUUGUAUUGUAAUUCUAUUAUUUUUUUAUUAUAAAAUUAGAAGUCAGUAAAAAUAUUUGAUAACCAAAAAUAGCAUUUAAA